UUGUUUUUAUUCUUGGACAGUGAUUGCCGCACUUCCGCAUUCUGGAAGGGGAAGAAGAGGAGUACCGGCAGGAACCUUAGGUUUUAUUGUGUGUUAUAUUUAAAAAAUAUAAAAACAGAUUCACGGAUUUAAAAAAUAAUAUUACUGAUAUCUGCUUCAGUGAAAUAGCAUUCCCCCUUCAUGUUUAAGUGUCAUUAUUUACAUUAAGAAGAUCCCUCCACCACCCUCAGUAUAGCAGAUUGUAAGGAUGGAAUUUGCGGAGUUGAUAAAGACCCCACGGGUGGAUAAUGUUGUCCUGCAUCGGCCCUUCAUGUCAAGGGUGGAGGGGACACUGUGUCUAACUGGCCACCACCUCAUCCUCUCCUCUCGUCAGGACAGCAACGAGGAGCUGUGGCUGCUGCACUCCAACAUCGACUCCAUCGAGAAGAGGUUUGUGGGCACAUUGGGAACAGUUAUUAUAAAAUGUAAAGACUUGAGGAUAAUUCAGCUGGAUAUUCCUGGCAUGGAGGAAUGUUUAAACAUUGCAAGUUCUAUUGAAGCACUGUCUACUCUGGAUUCAGUCACCCUCAUGUACCCAUUCUUCUAUCGGCCCAUGUUUGAGUUGAUUGAGGAUGGAUGGAAUACGUUCCUUCCUGAACAAUCGUUUAAGCAAAUUGAAUCAUUGACUGACGAGUGGAGAUUGAGCUAUGUGAAUAAGGACUUCAACGUCUGCCCCUCCUACCCCCCCAUUCUGGCUGUACCCAAGUCCAUCGACGACGACACAAUCCGGAAAGUCGCCACCUUCAGGCAUGCUGGCCGCUUCCCUGUUCUCAGCUACUACCACAAGAAAAAUGGCAUGGUCAUGAUGCGGAGUGGGCAGCCUCUCACAGGCAGCAAUGGGCGGCGCUGUAAAGAGGACGAGCAACUGAUUAAUGCCACCCUGCGGGCAGGAAAACGUGGCUACAUCAUCGAUACCCGCUCAAUAAACGUGGCACAGCAGGCCAAAGCCAGGGGAGGGGGCUUUGAACUGGAAGCCCAUUAUCCGCAGUGGAGGAGGAUCCACAAGACGAUUGAAAGGUCUAAUAUUCUACAGGAGAGCUUGAUUAAGCUAGUAGAAGCCUGUAAUGACCAGUCUCAUAAUAUGGACCGCUGGCUUAGCAAGCUGGAGGCCUCCAAUUGGCUGACCAACAUCAAGGAAAUACUCACCACAGCCUGCCUCGCUGCACAGUGCAUUGACAGGGAGGGUGCCUCGGUGCUGGUCCAUGGAACUGAGGGGACAGACUCCACACUGCAGGUGACCUCGCUGGCACAGAUCAUUCUCGACCCGACCAGCAGGACAAUCCGCGGCUUUGAGUCUCUUGUGGAGAGAGAGUGGCUGCAGGCAGGCCACCCAUUCCAGCAGCGCUGUUCUCAGUCUGCCUACUCCAACAGCAAGCCCAAGUGGGAGGCUCCCGUUUUCCUGCUGUUCCUGGACUGUGUCUGGCAGAUCUUACGUCAGUUCCCAUGCUCCUUCCAGUUCAAUGAGCACUUCCUCAUCCUUCUCUUUGAGCAUGCCUAUGCCUCCCAGUUCGGCACCUUUUUGGGGAACAACAGCUUUGAGAGGGGAAAGCUGAAGUUGCCACAGAAGACGGUGUCGCUGUGGUCCUGGGUGAACCGGCCCCAGGACACGGAGAGGUUUCUAAACCCCCUGUUUGAAGCAAACAGCCUGGUGAUCUGGCCCUCCGUUUCCCCACAGAGCCUGCUGCUCUGGGAGGGUGUGUUCCUGCGCUGGAACCGCAGUUCCAAGUGCCUCGAUGAAGCUUAUGAAGAGAUGAUCCACAUCAUUGAGCACAACAAGGAGCUGCAGAGCAAGGUGAACACGCUGCACAGGCAGCUGGCUGAACUAGAGACGGAGGAUGUGCAACUGGAGACCCCAUAAACCAUGACAGAGGUGUUGGACCAGCAGCUCUCAAUUCUUCAUUUAAAUUACACUAGGAUCUCCCCCUUCCCCUUACAAAACACUAGAAUGACAGAGAUGCACAGGGACUUGCUUCCAGCAAGAAAGAGGUUGAGCAGCCAUUCCUCAGUCCAUGAAAUUCAAAGAAAAAAAUCUGUUAACAAAAAUAGUUUAUUCAUAGAUUUCUAAAUGAAAUUAAUAGCUAAUCAAAAACAAAUGUGUGACAUUAUAGAAGCAUAUUACAUGAACAGAUCUUAAGUUAAUUCUUAAGCACAGUUCUUCAUGUUUUUUGCGUCACUAGCUUGUGUUGUUUGUAUUAGGGGGAUAUAGUUUGAUAAGCCUUGGGGUUAGAAAGUCCUCUUGCAAAUGAAUCGUAUGUGGCAAGGACACUGGUAGAGUGAACUAACAUAACAAGCUGGUCAAGCUGUACUCUUUACAAAUGUUACAGAUUCAAAUUGAUUUAUACAUCUGGAGGGUAAGAACAAGGAUACAGAACAUUUAUUAUAGACUUUGGAUUUUGCAUGAAUUAACAUUUUAGAAAUUAGGAAGUAAUAACUUUACAAACAGUGGAUGAUGAGUUGCAUUGCAGUUGGAACGAGUCGUUUCUUGUAAGACCAGUUAUGAACGCGCUUUUACACAUUGGUUGGAAUUCACUGCUGCCAGAUGAGUACAAAAAAUCCAGAACAUUGGAUUAAGGUUCUGACCACAUUUAAAUGAUUUAAAUUGGAACAUGCUUUAAUAUGUUUAUUGAACACUCCAGUUACUGUACAUGAGCACAGGUGUAGUCCCUUUCACUACGGUGUCUUGAAGAAAGGUUUUGUGAGCCAAUAUCAUAAAGACACUAUAUAUUAUUGUUAACAAUGUGCUUAACUGCCAUUAUGCUCCAUUGCUUUCAGUUUGAAUGUAAAACAAAAACAGGUUGAUGAGCAGUAAAAUCAUCCUGGGGAGCAAGCAUUUAAACUCCAUAGUUAAUUCCUUAAUUUGUGAAAGAGAUAUUCACUUUUAUUUCAGAAAACUUGACAUUGCGCUGAACUUGCAUCAUUUUGUUUUACCCCAUUUAGAAAUCAUUACAAAUGAUUUUUUAAGAACUGUCAGACAAAUGCAUACCCUAAAAGCAUUGUGUAAUCCUAUUAGCAUUGUGUAAUGAGAGGGUAGAGGGUAAGCCCUAAUGUUCUAAAGCUGAUUCAUUCUACUCCAUCUUCUUCUUUAAGUCUUGGUUUAAAGUCACUACAUUUCCAUCCAAAAGCAUACAGUUUUUGCAAAUACAGUUAGCCUUUAUAACUCUAAAUAAAUAAAUAAGUGAAGUUGGGUGUAAUCAGGACCACUGUAGAAAGGACUCCUCCAUCACAGUAUUUAAUUAUUAUUUGCGCCUUAAGAAUGUUUAAUAGAAAUAUGUUUAGGUGUUGCUGUUUUAAAAUCAUGUGUUUUCUGUUCCGUGAUGUGUUGUAACAGCACUAAAAUGUACUGUGCAAUAAAUGAUGUCACCAAAUGA